GUACCAUCAGUCGUUGCUGGAUAUGGGUUCUGUAUAUAUAAAAUUCUUGUUAUCUGUGAUGACGAUUAUACCAUUCGGUACUUCGGGAUAUCGGAUUUUGGAUAAAAAUUCACCUUCAAUAUGCUUGGAUUGUGUUGAAAAAAUACAGGUACAGUAUACACGCUUUAUUUUUGAUAAUAUACCAACAAAAACAAACGUUGAGAUUUUAGAAAAAAGUCUGUCAUUUGCCAUUUUGUCCGGAAAAUUUCAACACUUGCAAGCACCAGUUUGGACUGAAACAAAUAAUUUAUCUCCGCCAAAACUACUAUGUCACGACGAAAACUCUUUAACACUUGCAUGGAACCAAAAAAAUGCUAUGGAAUUCUAUUUUCUAAAAUACUCCCAUUCUUCAGAAAUAUACCUCAGUGAUCUGUCAAACUGUAACUUUAAAACUAUAAACCUUCUCGAGCCAGACACAACUUACCAAUUUGAAUUAUGGAGUUUCUCAAGAAAUUCUGGAAUACUUUCUAAGAGUUCACAGAUCACGGUUACAACAAGAAAUCAUUUUGAACCAAGACAUCCUGUAGAGAGUCUAAAAUACACGUUAUUGUUCCAAAAUGGUUUUUAUAGUGCAGUAAUAUCCUGGAAACAAGGAAAAGGUAAAUUAAAACGUGCAGUUCACAUUAUUUUUAUGAGUUAUAUUUCAGAUUUUUCAUGUUUCUAUAAAAUUAUCUGGUACAAAAGGGGUGGAAGUAUAAAUCACAGAAAAAUCAACGUACGAAACAUACACAAUAUCACAGAAGAGGGAACUUUGUUAGAAUUCAUUGCCUCCCCUUUGGAGAUGGGAACGAAAUACUACCUGGAAAUCUCCUCAGAAGACGAAAAAAGUGACAUAGAAGGACCCGAAAAAUCCUUACAGAUAAAUGUGCCUUCUUGUUUAGCCACCUACAAGAAUUUUUCGAUAUGCUCUCCAAAUCCGCCAGAAAAUAUCACAGCCACAAAGUUUUUUACGUCCAACGGCACCAAGAUGGCUUACAAUUUAAAAUUAAGCUGGAACAAGCCGAAAUAUCUUCCAGACUUUUAUAACGUGACUUUAGCAAGUAAUAUUUCUGUACAAUUCAAAGUUAUAGCUGGGAAUACUACUUUCGUAUUUUUCGAAAAUUUAUCUGUGGGAAUUUACUACCAAACUCGAUUAACGGCAUGGUUAAAAAAUGGUAAAAGAAGUAACCCAGUAUCCAUGCAAAUAUUUGACAAUAAAAGACACAAUAUCGAAGAAAAAAACACAAUAAAUACAUGGAUUUGGAUGGUAUUAGGUCUCUUCGUUUUGGUUAUCUUCUUAUCCAUAACUUUACUUAAGAAAAAUCUACGAAAAAUAUUGAACAGAAGUUUGCAUGUUUCACCUAAAGUUGAAGAAAUUACUGUUAAAUAUGCCAAAGAAGAUUCAAUAUGGGAAAUUGAUGAAUCUAAACUCUUAAUGGAUAAAAUAAUUGGUAUAGGUGCCUUUGGUAUAGUCCAAAAAGCCCAUUGUUACGUAGAAGGAGAAAAGAAAAUUGAAAUAGCUGUUAAAAUGCUCAAAGAACGCUCUACUGAAGAACAACUUAAACAAUUCUAUGCAGAGAUAGACAUAAUGAAGGCGGUACCAAAACAUCCCCAUAUAGUCCAUCUAAUAGGCGUAGUAACCAAAACCAGACAAAAUAACCCUCUGCUCUUGGUAGAAUAUUGUUCCAAAGGUGACUUGCAUACCUUCCUGAAGAAUGUUUGGCUUAUUUUGAAGAAUAAAGACAAUAUGAAGAUGAAGAAAGAACAGGAUAAACAUAGGUGCGUAGGAAAAGAAGAAAAUGUACUGGAAUGGAAGGAUUUGCUCUCGUUUGCCAGACAGAUUGCUAUAGGAAUGGAAUUUCUCUGUAGUUUAAAAAUGAUCCACAGAGACUUAGCUGCCAGAAAUAUCUUGGUUACUGAAAGUAAUACGAUGAAAAUAUCUGACUUUGGACUAAGUAGAGACGUUUAUGUGAACAAUAUGUAUCAAAAACUAACUGGAGGGAAGUUACCCUUUCGAUGGAUGGCUUUAGAAUCACUAACUCACCAAAUAUACACUGCAGAAAGUGAUGUGUGGUCCUUCGGAAUAGUUUUAUGGGAAAUAGUGACCUUAGGGGCUGGCCCUUACCCAGCUCUGGACACUGAAGACCUUUUACCGCUCUUGAAAGAGGGAUAUAGAAUGGAAAAACCAGCCAAUUGCUCUGAAGAAUUGUAUGCAAUAAUGUUGAAAUGUUGGAAUGCUACUCCUAGUCUAAGACCUACCUUCACAGAGUUAAGAAAAAUCUUCGAUGUUCUUUUGGAGUCUGAAGUCUUUUACGUCAAUUUGGAUAGUGGAAAAUCCAAUGGAAAUCGAUAUGAAAACUUACCGAAAACUAUACCCUAACAUAUUAAUUUUAUACUAGAUAUAUUUUUUAUACUUAUAAAAAUGACUUGUACUUUAAUGCUAAUAUAUUCUAUAAACGUAGAUAACAUGUAUUUUAUUAUAAUGAUGUAAUGUCCAAGUUUA